UCAGUUCUGAAUGCAGCUGAUAUCCUCGGUGCUGGACAGUACCAGAUGAGCCAUUUGUGGCUAGUAACAUGCGUUAAUAGCAUCGCGAAACAGAAACUUGUCGACAAAGGCGAGCUGCUGGUGAAGGGCCUCAAGUGCCUUGUCAUAGACCCAGAAUGCAAAAAUAUCAAGAUGAAGCUUCUUUGGCUUCCCCCACACCUCGAACAGAGACGGAUUGUUGAAGCGCUAGAACCUUAUGGAACAGUGCAGUCUAUCACGAGAGAAAUGUGGCGGUGUGACGGCAUGGAGGGCUGGCAAAUGACUAAUCGCGACGUGGCGUUUACACUGAAGGACGGAGUCUCUGCAAGUAAUCUGCCUCACCUAUUGAGCAUAUACGGGCACCAGUGCCUCAUCUUGGUUCCUGGCCGACCACCACUUUGCCUACGGUGCAACAGAGUUGGGCAUAUCCGGCGACAAUGUAGGACACCACGCUGCAGCAACUGUCACCGCUACGGUCACAUUGCAGAUGCAUGCAUCGGAACCUACGCUGACAAGCUUCGUGGAAACAGACCAGCUGAGGAUGAGACCAUCACCGAUCAUCUAAUGGAUGUGAGCGAGGUUGUGGAUGCGACCGGUGAAACACCCGCUGAAGCUCAUCGACAGGAAGAGACAAAGCCUUCAUCGGCUGACGAUAGCCUUAGCCCGAAGCCUGCCGCUGUGGAGGAUACUAAGUUGCCUGACGACGAACCAACUAUGUCAUGGGCAGAACUGCCACCAGUUCAAGACCGCCCGCCAUCAGUGGAAUCUGGAUUGAUGUGUGAGGCUACUAAGAAGCGUCCAGCGCCAGCUGACAACCCAUCGUCCGUGGGAAAGGAGGCCCGGGUUCCCAAAGUGUCGAAGUUGACAAAACCGCUCGGAGGAACGCCUGCACCCACAGAUGUCUCUUGUGUUGAAGUGCAGCAAAAGGUCGCCAGCGCAUCCCCUCCUCAAGACGGGAGUGAUGCACCCCUAGAGCAGCGUGUGAACACUGCACCAACAUAG